GGUGUUCUGACGAUUUAAGCUGUCUUCCCGAAAAAUGCUACCGUAACGCAUGAGUCUAUCGAGUCGCUCUGCCCUGUCGAAAAAUGCUACCUUAUGUGUUGCCUUUUUCAGGAAUCAUGAAUUACGCUCGGUUUCUGACUGCUGUCAGCGCCGCCAGAAAGCCCUCUCCCAUCAGGAUGCUGACCGAGCUACAACAGCAGUCGCCUCCGUCUCUGAUCUCUUUGGCUGGAGGAGCGCCCAACCCCAACACCUUCCCCUUCCUGUCAGCGUCCAUUAAGGUGAAGAACGGACAGACGGUCACGUUUGACGAGGCGGCGAUGAAGAGGGCUCUGCAGUACUCUGCCUCUAACGGACUACCCGAGCUGCUGACGUGGAUGAAGAACCUGCAGAAGAAGCUCCACAACCCGCCGACCGCCGGCUACCCCCCCGAGAAGGGCCUGAUGGAGAUGUGUGUGACCACGGGGAGCCAGGAGGGGCUCUGUAAGGUAUUUGAGAUGCUGGUCAACCCUGGAGACAACGUUCUGCUGGAUGCACCCACAUAUUCAGGCACGCUUGCAGCGCUCCAGCCGCUCGGUUGCAACUUAAUCAACGUCCCCAGCGAUCAGCACGGCAUGAUACCUGCAGCCCUGAAGGAGGUUUUGUCGCGGUGGGACCCCUCAGAGGUCCACGAGCCCGGCAGCACCGCUCCCAGGAUCCUCUACACCAUCCCCAACGGUGGAAACCCCACCGGGGCCUCCAUGACGCCUCAGAGGAAGCAGGAAGUGUAUGAUCUGGCCAGGCAGUAUGACAUGCUCAUAAUCGAGGACGACCCCUACUACUUCCUGCAGUUUGACAAGCCGUGGGCUCCCACAUUUCUCUCCAUGGACGUUGACGGGCGGAUCAUCAGGACAGACUCCUUCUCUAAGAUCCUGUCUUCGGGGCUGAGGAUGGGUUUUGUGACCGGCCCCAAACCGCUGGUAGACAGGGUGGUGCUGCACAUCCAGGCCUCAACAAUGCACACAAGUACCUUCACGCAGCUCAUGGUGUCUGAGUUGUUGCACAGCUGGGGCCAAGAGGGUUUCCUUCAACACAUAGAUGGGGUGAUUGAGUUUUACAGGAAACAACGUGACGCCAUGAUCGGCUCUGCAGACAAGUGGCUCAAAGAUGUUGCGGAGUGGCAUGCUCCGUCGGCAGGCAUGUUCCUGUGGAUCAAACUAAAGGGCAUAGCCGAUACCCAACAGCUGAUUAUGAAGAAAGCCUUGGAGAAAGAGGUGCUGCUGGUUCCUGGAGGCGUCUUCAUGAUCAACAGCAGUGAGCCCUGUCCCUACGUCAGAGCAGCCUUUUCUCUCUCCACACCAGAGCAGAUUGAUGAGGCUUUCAGAAGACUCUCUUCUCUCAUCAAAGAAGCUUUGUGAUCAAAGAUUUAUUUCCCCCGGGGCAAAUGCUGUAUUUUUUUAACUUGGACUUUUAUGUUAAAAUAUAUCAUCAAGUAUGUUUUAAAAUUGUGUAAUCUCUGACUGUAUCUAUACCACAGUCAAGAGGAGACAACACUUUCUUCCCCAAAUGUUUUUAUGGGUGCAUGUUCAGUCAACAUGACUUGCUGCUUAUUUGGAGUUUUAGAAGGAAAACAAACACAGUCAUUGACUUCAUUGUUUGUUGCUCCUCCGUUGCACUACACAGUGAAGAUGUCUGUAUCUCAUCAUGCACAAAAAAGUAAAUACUAACUUUUUUUAAAAAUCA